AACCCAGAAACUGGGUUAAUGCAUCUACAAAUUUAUGAUUUUAUGGAUAAAAAACCUGAUUUGAGAAAUGAUGAUAUUUGGUUUAAAGAUUUUGUCCCAGAGUUCAAAGUAGUACCUCUAGAAGAACUGCCAUCUGGUGUCGAAUAUGGAGUAUCUUACAUAACAAUUUGUUUAAAUGUUCAAAAAUAUCUACAAUGGUUACUUGACCAAUUCAUUGCUAAUGGCAGAAAAAGAAAAAAAGUUCAUCUUUCUCAUCUUAAUGAAUCAUUCUUUGCUGAUGAUGAAAUUGAUGUGACCAUUUCAGUUUGGGCACCACAUAUUAAAACAGUACAUAUUCUAACUAAACUAAUAUUAGAAGAUAGAAAUUUACAAAUUAUAAGACAUAAUGUUAGGCGAAGACCUUAUAGAGAAAAUGGUAUUCGAUUAGAAGUUGAGAUUAUAAAGAAUGCUACAAAUAAAGAUGUUAUAAUUUUUCAUAACUAUAGGCAUCACUCUUAUGGAUAUUCUUCAAGUUGGGGUUCAUGUCAAGAAGCUUUUAAAUUGAUUGAAGAAAAUAUUCAAAGAAAAUAUAAAAGUUGA